CUGGUGGGCGGACGCGAUUGGAGCAGGCGCGUCGGCCCGCCCGGGCGCGCCCCGCCCCCGCCGGAGAGCGCGACGUCACUACCCGGCGUGCCGCGCGCGGCGCUUCCCCCACCCGCUAAUGUUUUGGCCGAUUCAAGAUGGCGGUGCAGGAGUCAGCUGCUCAGCUUUCCAUGACCCUGAAGGUGCAGGAGUACCCGACCCUCAAGGUGCCCUAUGAAACACUGAAUAAACGCUUCCGGGCUGCUCAGAAAAACAUUGACCGAGAGACGAGCCACGUCACCAUGGUGGUGGCCGAGCUGGAGAAGACGUUGAGCGGCUGCCCCGCCGUGGACUCUGUGGUCAGCCUUCUGGAUGGCGUGGUGGAGAAGCUCAGCGUCCUCAAGAGGAAGGCGGUGGAGUCCAUCCAGGCGGAGGACGAGAGCGCCAAGCUGUGCAAGCGCAGGAUCGAGCACCUCAAGGAGCACAGCAGCGACCAGCCCGCGGCGGCCAGCAUGUGGAAGAGGAAGCGCAUGGACCGCAUGAUGGUGGAGCACCUGCUGCGCUGCGGCUACUACAACACGGCCGUGAAGCUGGCCCGCCAGAGCGGCAUCGAGGACUUAGUGAACAUCGAGAUGUUCCUGACUGCCAAAGAAGUGGAGGAGUCCCUGGAGAGGCGCGAGACCGCCACCUGCCUGGCCUGGUGCCACGACAACAAGUCCCGGCUGCGCAAGAUGAAGGGCCGCCAAAGCGAGCACGACGCGAAGACGGGACGGAAAAGUAGAGUGGCCAGUGGCUCCCCUAAAGAGAGUGAGGAUCUUGGUAUGGAAACCAUAAAAGGAAAGCCAGAAUUGAGCUGCCUGGAAUUCAGCCUCAGGAUUCAGGAGUUCAUUGAACUCAUCCGGCAGAACAAGAGACUGGAUGCCGUGAGACACGCGAGAAAGCAUUUCAGUCAGGCCGAGGGGAGCCAGCUGGACGAGGUCCGCCAGGUCAUGGGCAUGCUGGCCUUCCCACCAGACACGCACAUCUCGCCCUACAAGGACCUGCUGGACCCUGCCCGGUGGCGGAUGCUGAUCCAGCAGUUCCGGUACGACAACUACCGGCUGCACCAGCUGGGGAACAACUCUGUGUUCACCCUGACGCUGCAGGCUGGCCUCUCGGCGAUAAAGACACCACAGUGCUACAAGGAGGACGGCAGCUCCAAGAGCCCCGACUGCCCCGUGUGCAGCCGCUCCCUGAACAAGCUGGCGCAGCCGCUGCCCAUGGCGCACUGCGCCAACUCCCGCCUGGUCUGCAAGAUCUCCGGCGACGUGAUGAACGAGAACAACCCGCCCAUGAUGCUGCCCAACGGCUACGUCUACGGCUACAACUCUCUGCUGUCUAUCCGUCAAGAUGACAAAGUCGUGUGCCCGAGGACCAAAGAAGUGUUCCACUUCUCACAAGCCGAGAAAGUGUACAUCAUGUAGGCCGGGCCGCCCCGCGCCCCGGGCCCCCGCGCCCCCGCGCCCCUGCCCGCCUGCGUUUCUGUUUCUUGCGACCAAAGAUCAGUGAGCGACGAUGGGCCCCCUAAGAGGAGAGGAGUCGGAUCCGCACGCAUGUGCUUGGGGACAGCCUCUCCGCUGGUAGGACUCCGGAGCGCGCGCGAGCUCCUGGCCGCCUUCCCCUUACAAAGAGAGAGACCUUCUCGGCCGCUUCGGAAACAGGAGUCGGUUGUUUUUCCGCGCCCCGGACCCUGUCUCCGCCCGCCGAGCCCCGGGGCCUGAGCCUGGGCCGGGAGAGGUGCCCGGAGGCACCAGGACCGCACUGCGGCCCCAGGACCGCGCGCCGGGGCGGGGUUAGGGUGUGCUAGGUUCGAUGUCACGUCAUUCGUGCCGCCUUAUUUCCUGCUUGAGAAUGUAUUCACGUGGAGAUCCACUGGACCGAGUUCUGCAGAGGCCUUGCCGAUGGCUCCGUAACUGUAGACGUAACGCUGUUCGUUACAGAAGCUAGUAGUUGAGUUGAAGUAACCACCGGUGACUUUCCAAAUCCAGCGAACCAUUGUAGUUUACACGAAACCACAUACCGUAGAGGUUUGUACUUAGCGCUUAUUUUUGCAUGUUGGUGUUGACUAGCUAAUAAACUGUAAAUGUAAAACAUGUUAAUAAAAGGGUUUUCUAUUUCUUA